GAAAAAUAAUCUGAUUUCUGUUGCUGAAAAUCACUCGUCCAAACGCGGCCUAAAAUAGAAAGUCCCCCGAAGUAAGAGAAGGAAAGAUUAUCACGCAGACAUUGAGAACGCUAUUUGGGCAAAAAACCAAAGAACCAAAUCGUCCUUCCGCGUACAUCUCCGAAGCGUAUUUAACCAGAGAUAAAGCAAGCGAAAGCGCUUUCUCUCCUUCACCCUUACCAAUCCAUCGACGAACCGGUCCAUUUGUCACCUCUACCGCCUCUCAUCAAUUACCCCUCUCUCUCUCUCUCGUUAGGAGAAAGAAACUGUUUCAUAGCGAUCACCUCCAAUCGAAGACCUAUUUUUGAAAUCUCUCUCUUCUAAUUGGUUUCCUUGGAGAGAGAGAGAGAGAGAGAGAGAGAGAGAGAGAGAGAGAGAAAUUGUUAGUUGUUAGUUGAUCUUCUAGGAUUGAACGCCUUGUUCUAUCCGGUUGAUCAUCAGGAAACCAAUUCGAAGAAUUUCCACCUUGGUCAACAAUGACCAAACUGCCCUUCCUCUUUUCGUAGCAAUCCAUCCGGUCGUCGAUACCUCUUUCAUUUGCUUCGAAGAUUUCGUACUCGGUUUCGAGGAAUGGCGGCGUGCAAGCGAGCGGUUCAAUUAGGUGCGUAUUCUGGACUAUCGUUGACCAAACCACGACGGUUUAAUACGUCCAAGGCGCCCGGUCCCGCUGCUGAGAAGCUCCAAUUGGAGGGAUAUUGGACGAAUGUUAGCGGUUCUUCGUCGUCGAAUUCGAGUGUCAACCGAUUUGACUCUAGGCACAUCUCUCAGCUUUCUAAACCUAACGGAAAACGUGUUUUCCUCGUUGACACGUUAGCGCUGGUGAGGAGUUUAGAAGCACAAGGUGUGCCUUCCAAGCAGGCAGAGGCAAUAACAUCUGCGAUUACUGAGGUUUUGAAUGAUAGCUUGGAGAAUGUGGCUCACACUUUUGUUUCUAAAGGACAAAUGGAGAAAGUUUCGAUGGUUCAAGAUGCGAACCUGUCCAAGUUCAAAUCUGAAGUAGAAAGUUCCCAGGAGCAUCAUUUUUCUCUGUUGCAACGUGAGACUGAAAAGCUUCGGCAUGACAUAGAGAAAAUGCGCAGUGAACUAAGGUAUGAGAUCGACAAGGUCACAGCUGGGCAGCGUUUGGAUUUGAACCUUGAAAGAGGGCGCAUACGGGAUGAACUCACCAAUCAAAAUGCAGAAACCACCAACCUCACCAACAAGCUCGAUCGAGAAAUUCAUGCACUACGAGCCCAGCUGGAAGCAGCGAAGUAUGACGUGAUCAAGGUCUGUAUAGGUACACUUGCCUCGAUCUCCGCCGUGGGUCUUGCCAUAGUCCGUAUCUUUUUAUAGGGUAUGAGCUUUGACAGUCACGGGCAAUCUGCUCAAAACCUAGGAAAUACUGGUGGCAUCAUCAAAUAUUCAUUUUUUUGCUUUCAGAAGAAGCAAAUUCUAAUUCAGUGGCCCUGUUCUCUUCACUCCAUUUGAUAAACACCAUUUACUUGGCACAACUCUUUUUUUCCCCUUUUUUUUUUGUACUGUAGGUACCUUCAAAACUUUUAGAUUGAAGGUGCCAAUGUGAAAGAUGUGUGAUUCAGUUUCCUUAGCAAUAUAUGUCAAGGAUCUAACGAUUCUAUUGUUUUCUCACAUCUGCAAGUAAGAUUUGUGUUCCUGAAACUGUAUUUCCAUGAAAGUUUUUGCAAUUGUAUGAGAUGUUUUGCUUCUCUUAUCA